AUGAAAAGGAGAUAUAUAAAUUGCUUAAUUUUAUAAUAGGAUUUUGAGCAUAGAUUCUUGUCAAAGUAAUUGAUGAAUUAUGAAGACCUAUUAAAGGAAGAAGAACUACUUUAAGAGAUAUGUCGAGUAAUGUAAAUUAUAAAAUUGAUUAGUCAAAAUUUGGUAGAGUUAGAGAAGAUUAUGGAAGAGAAGACAUAUGA